GCUCCUCCCACCGGUAGCGGCCGGGGCUGCGCGGGGCGCUGGAACGGCGCGCUUUUCAACCGCCAUGAGCCUGUGGGUGGACAAGUACCGGCCCAGCGCCCUCAGCCGUCUGGACUUCCACCGUGAGCAGGCGGCGCAGCUCCGUAGCCUGGUUCAGUGUGGUGACUUCCCUCAUCUGUUGGUGUAUGGGCCAUCAGGAGCUGGGAAGAAGACAAGGAUAAUGUGUUUGUUAAGAGAAUUAUAUGGUGCAGGUGUGGAGAAACUGAGGAUUGAGCAUCAGAGUAUAACGGCACCUUCUAAAAAGAAAAUUGAAAUUAGCACGAUUGCAAGUAAUUACCACCUUGAAGUUAACCCAAGUGAUGCUGGAAAUAAUGAUCGUGUAGUGAUUCAGGAACUCUUGAAGACAGUAGCACAAUCCCAGCAACUUGAAACAAGUACUCAACGAGACUUUAAAGUGGUGCUGUUAACAGAAGUCGACAAGCUCACUAAAGAUGCCCAGCACGCUUUGCGAAGAACAAUGGAGAAGUACAUGGCAACCUGCAGACUGAUCCUGUGCUGCAACUCCAUAUCAAAAAUUAUAGGACCUAUUCAAAGCAGGUGCCUGACAGUACGAGUGCCUGCUCCCAGCAUUGAAGAUAUCUGUCAUGUGUUGUCCAGUGUGUGUAAGAAAGAGGGCCUGACUCUUCCUCAGGAACUGGCUCAAAGGCUUGCAGAGAAAUCUGGCAGGAAUCUUCGGAAAGCACUACUUAUGUGUGAGUCUUGCAGAGUACAACAGUAUCCUUUCAGUGCUGAUCAAGACAUUCCUGAGAUGGACUGGGAAAUUUAUCUGAGGGAAACUGCAAAUGCUAUUGUCAGUCAACAGACACCACAGAGACUUCUAGAGGUUCGUGGACGGCUCUAUGAACUCCUAACACACUGCAUUCCUCCUGAGGUUAUAAUGAAGGGUCUCCUGACAGAACUUUUGAAUAACUGUGAUGGACAACUGAAAGGAGAAGUUGCACAGAUGGCAGCCUUCUAUGAACACCGCUUGCAACUGGGCAGCAAAGCCAUUUAUCAUCUUGAAGCAUUUGUAGCAAAGUUUAUGGCAAUUUACAAGAAAUUUAUGGAGGAUGGACUAGAUGACAUGAUGUUCUAAGCCCAAUACCUGUAGUUGUAUACAAAAUGUUGUAUCAUAGGUAUGCCAUGGUAGUUUUCUGCUGUCCAUGUCUCUUGGCAUGUGGGUCUAGUUCAAAGUCAAAUACUUUAUUGGAUUAUGGAUAUAAACCAUGAUGAACUGAAGAACAGUUUGGUUUUGGAAAUCAGAUGGAUUGUUUAACAGCAUCAGUAGAUCUAUGGAAAAUACCUUGUGCUUUCAGAAAGGCAAAAGAUUACCUCUGAAGAUGGAUAAGAUGGUGUCUACUUGUAGUAUUUGUAAGCUUACAUUAAUAAGCGAGAACAUGCUUUUUGUUUGUUUUUAAUUUUUUAGGGCCGGAGCUGUUAGUAAGACAUAUAUCCAUGUUGUAAAUGGCUGUUUGAACAUGUAUAUAUUUUGCCUACUCAUA